AUAUGCUGCAAGGGAAUCUCCCAGUCCCACCACCAAAUACAAAUUUGUACUUGGUGGAUAACAACAGAUUAACUGGAUAUAUUUCACCUGUGAUAUGUGGUGUCAUGUCUCUUAAAGUACUAGAUUUGUUGAAGAACAGCCUGAGUGGACCAAUUCCACAGUGCCUUGCCAAUUCUUUGGAAGCCUUAAUUCUUCAAGACAACAAUUUUUCUGGUGCAAUUCCUCAAAUGUACCCAAAAGGAUGUGAUUUGAAGGUGAUGGACUUAAGCCAAAACCAGUUAACAGGGGAAGUUCCAAAAUCAUUGUCAAAUUGUAAAAUGCUACAGAUUUUGGAUCUAUCAAAAAACAAGAUGAAUCAAACUUUCCCCGCUUGGUUGGGGAGUCUUCCACGACUACAAGUUCUACUUCUGCAUUCCAACAUGUUUCAUGGUGAAAUCGGAAGUCCCAGGAAUCCUUCAGAGUUCCCAAGGCUGUGCAUUAUUAAUCUCUCUCAUAACUUUUUCACUGGUGCAUUGCCUGUGAAUUAUAUACAGAUUUGGAAUGCUAUGAAAGCUUUCCGCACAAACAUGGAACCAUAUAUAAAGACAGGUUUGAACUUUGAAAAGAAAAUUGGCUUUUAUACAGUCACAUACAAUUUCACAUAUUACAGCUCAAUGAUUCUUACCAACAAAGGUGUAGAGACGGAGUACCAAAAGAUUUUAAAUAUAUUCACUGCUAUUGAUCUCUCGAGUAACAAAUUUACAGGGAAGAUUCCAAAAUCUCUUGGAAGUCUAGUGGCUCUCCAGUUGCUCGACCUUUCUAACAAUAAUCUUAUAGGUCCAAUUCCUCUGUCACUUGGGAACCUGACACAGCUUGAAUCGUUGGACCUUUCCCAGAACAAGCUCUCAGGAGUCAUCCCUGACCAGUUAGCAGCACAACUCAAUUUUCUCGCCUACUUCAACGUGUCUCAGAACCUCCUAAGAGGUCAAAUACCACAAGGCCCGCAGUUCAGAACAUUUGACAAUAAUUCAUACAUGGAAAACUCAGGACUUUGUGGAUUCCCUUUAUCGAAGAAUUGUGAAACUCUGCAGUUACCACCUGAUGACAGCGAUGAUGAUUCUGGCGAAGAUAAGUUUCCAAGUGGAUUUGAUUGGUUAUUCAUAUUUGCAGGACUUGGAAGUGGUCUUGUUGUUGGGUUUGUUAUGGGAAACAUCCUAAUGGAUAGGCAACCCUGGCUGAUUCGUGGAAUUGUUCAGAAAUUUGGAAGGACACAAAAGAAAACGAGGAUGCAAGAGAGGCAGAUCUUCCGGGCUUAGGGACCAGGUUUGCUGAGAAAUGUGCUUUUAGCAGUCUUUUUUACUGAGCAUGCGUGUGCAAUUGUUGUUCUAGAUAUGUUUAGUUGUAUGUUCUCGUGUUCUAAUAUUUCAUUGUUGUGUCUUGAACCGCAA